CACUUGGUGUCUUUCUCUCUCGUGCUCCUCCUCUCUCUUUCUCUCUCUCUUGUUCUCCCUUUCGCUGUCCCACUCGCUUUAUUCGAUGUUUCAGCAUCGAUGCUAUGCGUACUCCGUUGUUACGUUGUAAUAGCUGCUCCAUUUUAUUACGAAAAAGACACGUCGGUUCCGUUUGCAUAUGAUGUGGAAAGAAGCUGCUAAAAUCUAGCCAGACGUUUUUGAGCAUACGGCCCCUCCCCCUACGCAGUACCAGUGGCAGGGAAACACACCCGUCAGCCGCGCGCAGAGAAAAGGAAAAAAAGGCAUCACGGACAAAGGAAACAUGAAUGCAUUGAAGAAGUAUCCAUUUAAAGAAAUAAUGCAAUGGAUGUGCCGCUUCUCCUGCAUCUAACGGGGAACCAAUUAGCCUAUUUUAAUGCGGUGGUGGGAGGCAAGGUACUGCAAGUUAAAAAGACGGAAAGCUGUAUUUAAUCCGUCUGCGGAUCCCAUGAGCUUGCAAUGGCUGUAACAGGGAUAUGUUACUGUAUAGGAAACAAUGUGCCUCUUUCUUUUGUUGUAUUUUUAUUAUUUUGUGGCCUUUCACUUGGACAAUUACGGUACUCUAUUCCCGAGGAAUUAGAAAAUGGAGCGGAGAUAGGUGAUCUUGUGCAGGACUUGGGAUUGGAUAUCCGAAUGCUCUCCAAUCGAAAGAUAAAGGUAACCUCCUCUACUGGAAAACGCUAUGUGGAUGUCAAUCCCAAAAAUGGGAAAUUAUUUGUCAAUGAAAGAAUCGACAGAGAGACGCUGUGUGACUUGAGCAGCACCUGUCUUAUAAAUUUAGAGGUGCUUGUUGAAAAUCCAUCCGAGGUGCACAAUGUCGAGGUGGAGAUUGGGGAUACAAAUGACAACGCGCCGCAUUUCCCUAGAGACGAGUAUCAACUGGAAAUUACAGAAUCGGUUUUACCAGGGUCUCGCUUCCCUAUUGAGAAUGCACUGGAUCCCGACGUGGGAUCGAAUUCCGUUCGUCUAUAUCGUCUCAGCCCAAACGAACACUUCGCGCUGGAUUCCAACAAACCCUCCCUCAACAGCAAGCAUAUUGAACUCGUGCUCAAGAAGCCCCUUGACCGUGAGCUGGCGCCUUACCACAAAUUUAUUCUAACUGCUGCAGACGGCGGAACCCCAGCAAAAACCGGUUCAGCUCAAAUAAAUGUUAGAGUCCUGGACACUAAUGACAAUAUACCUUUAUUUGACAGCUCAGUUUACAAAGUCAAAUUAUUAGAAAACUCACCAAAAGACACGCUGGUGAUCAAAUUAAACGCCACAGACCUUGAUGAGGGUACCAAUGGGGAAGUCUACUAUUCUUUCAGCAGCUACACUCCGGAGAGAGUCAGACAGAUGUUCAGCAUGGACAGCAACACAGGAGAGAUCCGAGUGAGAAGCAAUGUAGACUAUGAAGAAACCACCUCCUACGAGAUGUAUAUUCAGGCCAUGGAUAGAGGUCCCGGUGCCGUGGCGGCCCACUGUAAAGUGGUGGUGGAGGUGGUUGAUGUGAAUGACAAUGUCCCAGAGAUAGUGCUGUCCUCUCUCUCCAGCCCAGUGAGGGAGGACGCCCGGGCUGACACCGUGGUGGCCUUGGUCAGCGUCACAGACCGGGACUCUGGGAACAACAAGCAGGUGAGCCUGGAGAUACCCCCGGGCCUCCCCUUUAAGAUCAAGUCCUUCCGAAACUACUACACCCUGGUCACCUCCGCCUUCCUGGACCGCGAGACCACUGCGGCCUACAACGUCACCCUCAGUGCCACUGACGGCGGCGCCCCUCCCCUCUCCUCCCAGAAGACCAUCCAGGUGGACGUGGCUGAUGUGAAUGACAACCCGCCGCGAUUCGAGCAGACCUCCUACACGGUGUACGUGCCGGAGAACAACGCCCCCGGGGCGUCCAUGUGCACGGUCAAGGCCCAGGACGCGGACGUCAACGAGAACGCGCGCAUCACUUACACCGUCCUGAACGACAACAACCACGGGAUCCCCGUCACCUCCUACGUCUCGGUGAAGGCCGACACGGGUGAGGCCUACGCCCUGCGCGCCUUCGACUACGAGUCACUCAGGGAGUUCCACUUCCAGGUCAAAGCUCAGGACGGGGGCAUCCCGCCCCUCAGCCGGGUCGCCACCGUCUACAUCUACAUCAUGGACCAGAACGACCACGUGCCCGAGAUCGUCAAUCCCCCGGGCAACGGCACGCGCUCCACCGAGACGGUGCUGAAGAACGCGGAGGCGGGCGCCCUGGUCACCAAGGUGGUGGCGUACGACGCUGACGCGGGUCCCAACGCCUGGUUGAUCUAUGUGCUGGAUCAGUCCACAGACCUGGACCUGUUCAAAGUGCACGAACACACCGGAGAGAUCCGCACCACGCGUCGGGUCCUGGAGGACAACUCCACGUCCUUCAGCCUGACGGUGCUGGUGAGGGACCACGGCCAGCCUCCUCUGUCCUCCACGGCCACGGUGAACGUGGCCGUCAUGGAGGUGCCGCCCAAGGUGACCCCCGACCCCAAGAAGGUCAUCCGGCCCUACAACCCGCUGCUGUUCUCCAACCUGACCCUCUACCUUAUCGUGGCCCUGAGCGCCACCACCUUCGUGUUCCUGGUGACCGUGGUGGUCCUGGCCAUCGUCCGCUGCCACGCCUACUGCACUCAGCCUGGGUCCUGCUCCCCCUGCUGUGUGUCCCAGAAGGCGGCCCCUGACGGCAGGGGCGGCAACGCGGUAGUCGGUUCGGGGGGCGGCGGUGGCGGAGGACAGCCAGGUAACAACGUGGUGCUCCGGAGAGACCUGAAGGUGGAGCCUCAUUACAUCGAGGUGCGAGGGAACGGCUCUCUGACCAAGACUUACUGCUACAAGACCUGUCUGACGGCCACAUCCGGCAGCGACACCUUCAUGUUCUACAACACGGGACGGCCCAUCAGUGGCACCUGGGGAUCUGAGCGCUUCUUCACAGGCGGUAGCGGGUUCGUACGGAGACUGAGCAUGCCCGACGCUUCGCUGCAAGUCUGUCCGGAGCCAAAAGCCCCAAAUGCAGACUGGCGGUACUCUGCUUCAUUGAGGGCAGGGAUGCAGAGCUCGGUCCAUAUGGAGGAAUCAUCAGUGAUGCAGGGAGCCCAGGGGAUGCUGGUCCAGAACUGGCCCACAGUGUCCAGCGCUGCAGAUGGUGAGGGGGGCGAGCUGUCGCCUCCGGUUGGAGCCGGCAUCGACAGUAACAGCUGGCAUUUCCGUUACGGGCCCGGCCCGGGCUACGGGCCCCCUCAGGUCCUGAAGCCCGGAGAGAUCCCCCCUGAAGCCUUCAUCAUCCCCGGCUCUCCCGCCAUCAUCUCCAUCCGCCAGGGCCAGGGAGGAGAGGACGACAAGGGCGACUUCAUCACCUUCGGCAAGAAGGAGGAGGCCAAGAAGAAGAAAAAGAAGAAGAAGGAGAAGAAAGACAAGAAAGACAAGGGGAAGGAGGAUGCAGACGAGUAGGGGAGAAAGAGGAGAUGUGAUAACUGAGAUGUGAUAACAGAGCGACCAACUAAUGUCCAAAUAAGAGAUGCAAGACAAAAAGCCAAAUGUAUAUUUUAGAAGCCGGAGAGUCUCUCUACAACGUGUUUCUAUAGUUAAGUCUGCCCAGCCAGUCUCUGUUAGCGGAGGCCUGUCUCCAUGGAAUGUGACAAUGGCCAGCAGUAGCCUCAUCCAGGUUGGCCAUUCGGACCUUUAUUUCUACUGGCUGUAUGCCAGAAUAUUACAAUAUUUCAGGUGCUCUUAUUAGCCACACAUUUGCUUAAAGAAAAUACUAUUCCAAAUCGAUCCAAAAAUCAUUGAAUUUGAAGGGCCGCCAUGUAUGUACGUUUCAGAAAUUGCUGCCCCGAUCUUGGUGUGAUAGAAACCUCACACAUUCGUAUUAACAGGAGUGCUGUGGUUUAUGUUUUAGGUCCUUCCAGGCUGCGUCCCAGCCUGCCUCCCAGCCUGGCCUAGAAAGGGAUGAUCUUCCCUUGCCCCUUUGGCUCCUCGUUGGCAUCUGUCUUUACUCUGCCCUCGCCUCCCCUGCUCUCCUGAUUGGAGGAGGAGAGGAGGAGCUCCAUUUGACAACGAGUGAUACAGAGGCUUUCCUCCCCAAUAACACGGAGGCCUUGUGGGCUGUACCCCCCCCCCCCCCCCCCCCCCCACGACCAAACGAGACGUGACGCACAUGUGUCUGUUCAAUACACUGACCGAACUGCGUGACAUUAGACUGGGUUGCGAUUAGUAAUGGCUGGGAUUGAAAGCCGGAUUAGUCUGAACAUGUUUUCAGUGCAUGCUGCAGAUGGGCUGUUUCAUGCCCGUCGCUGUGGGCACCGUUGGCAACGCGAGGCUGCGGCUAAACACCCGGCCCCGCCUCCCCCUGUGGAACAGCAAUUAGGUCAGUGGGUCCUUGAACCCACAGUCUGUGCAACACACACACCCAACAUAAAAAAAACACACACACACACUGGACACUCCAGACAGACCGAAACACCUCUUUGGCUUCCUGAAGCCUCCCACCUGAGGUCUAUUUCAGUCACCUCUCUGGGUGUGUAAUAUACUGCAGGAACGAACCAACGCUUGUCGCUUCAUUUCCAUUCAAGACUGAUCCCUCCUGCUUCUGUCAUUGAAUGUUCAGUAGUCUGUGUUCAAUUGUUUUUAACGCCAGUCCCCCCCCACCUCGGCCCGCACUGGUGCUCUGCUGUCAACCCUCUUCCGUCCCCUGAUCACCGCGUUCAGAAGGCCUCUCAAAGAAAUUCUUCUGACCACUUCUUCCUCUGUAAACGCAGCAACGGUGUUAUCCUGUAUGACACACAGAGGCAUUUAUGACACACAUUUCUGUUAGCUAUAACUGAACCUUGGUUACUAGCUUUCGUCCAAGAUGGCGGUUGGGUUUUGGGGACGGUUGCUGUAUCUCUUCCGUCGGUUACACACAGGGUAAUUGGGGGAGACAGGGAGCUUAGCAGCAACAUGGACUCCCUCUGAGAAAUGGGAGGAAGAAGACAGGUGGCUGAAACAGUGGGUUUGUCGUGAUGGAACUCAAUACCGCAGACAUUCCUUUUGUUGCCGUGUUAAACUCUUUACAAUCAGAUUAUCAGCAGCAGUGAGUUAGGGGAUCUUUGUUGUGAGGAUGUCAAGAUAUAGGGGGAGCUAUUUCCACAACAUCGCCUACUCUGUCCUCUCCUUGGCUGGUAUCUGACCAAUCAGAGGGGAGAGAGGGGGUGCUGCUAUGGGCUGGCAUUGGACUGAAUCCCCCACCUCCGUUUUCUACAAAUGCUCUCCCUUCAGGUGUGAAUCUGUGCUGUCAGAUCACUAAGUGGCCGUUUGCAUGUUAUAAGCAGAGGAAACAGAUUAUAUAUAUAUAGCUCUAUAUAGACAGAUAUGUUUUUCAUUACCUUCAACCAUUUACCAAACUCAGAUACAUGAGUAUUGUUUCUGCUGAAAAAUGUAUACAUGCUCACUCUGAAAAAUACACACCUACAUACUGAUACACUCAUGCUAUAUAGUCCUAAACAUACAUACAGGAAUCACUUUUUUUAUCCUGGUGAAGUUCAAUUUAAAUAAUUGUCUACAUACGUAUAUGUAAUGCUGUAAUGUUAUGCUAUGAAACACUUUUUGUUUUUUGCCCUUAUGAUUUUAAAAGAUUUCUAAAAUCUGUCCUUUACUUUGUGUUAAGCAAUGAAAUGAUGAUCAAACAAACACUAAUGUGAUGCUGAAUCAUUUAUUCACCUUUAAUAUCUAUCCCAAACCUCUUUUGGAAAUAAAAAUCCCCCAAAAAAGAACGGGAAAAAAAUCAAAGAAAAUAAAAAAAAAGUAAAAAUAAAUAUAUGAAAAACUGUAUGUACUCUCUGCUUGUGUGUAGUGAAUGUUUCCUCUGUCAUAUUGUGCCUGAAUGGCACGAAGCAAUCGACUGUGACAGUGCAAAACCUGUUAAUAACCUUUUUAGUACACAUGCUCAUCAAUGUAACAGUGAUUAUAGUGAUUUUCCUUUUCUAUCAUUUAAUAGAUCUGGUAAUGUGUUUUGUUUAAAAAUCACAAAUAAACAUUUUCUUUCUUAAAUAUCGGAAA